UAUUUGGAAUUUCACAAAAAAAAAGGGGUGGGGGAAGAUCGGGCGUCGCCCGUCCGUCUCCUCUCCCCGCUCCGCUGGUCGCCUUCUCCCCUCCCCGCGAACUCGGGCUCAAAGCAAACCAAACCCCUUCUAGGGUUUGCGCUCCGGGCAUGAUCCCCUUGUAGCCACCGCCUCCCAUGGCCCUAGCCGUGUCCUGCUGGCCAUGACCACCUCGGCUUCCCCACUCUUCCCCAACCCGCGCAAGCGCCACCUCGACGCCUCCCCCCUUCCCCGCCACUUCCACGGCCCGCAGAGCCAAACCCGCCUAAGCCAGCGCCACCGCCGCCGGUUCUUCUUGCCGCUACCACCGAAGGCGCGGUCCUUCGCUUCCGACAUGGGAAAUCACAUGUCCAGUGCCUUCGGUUGGCCCAGUGAUGACGGGCGGGGGCUCCUCUGUUGCUGGAUCGGCAAGGCGCGGGGUCUCACGGUGGCCAUGGAUGUGGAGGCGGGGACGGGACUGCAUUUGGUGGACCGGCGGAGGGUUACGGAUUCGAGGAAGACUACGUUGAAGGAGGAGGCGGUGAAGCCUCCCCAAUGGAAGAAAAGGAGGCCCUUCUACAAGGAGGCGUUGGAGGCAGCAGCGACACAUUACGAUCCGAGGCUGGAGGCAAUCGGGAUCGAGAUAAGGCUCCAAAAGGAGAAGCUUGCCUAUAUACCAAAGUCGGAUAAGGCUGCCAAGGAGGUUAUUAAUCUGUACCUUGAAUUGUUGAAGGAGCGAGAAAAAAGAGAACCAAACAGGUUUCUGAAAUGUCAUUUCUUUAAUACAUUCUUUUAUAAGAAGCUUGCUUGUGGAAAAAAUGGUUAUGAUUACAAAUCUGUUAAAAGAUGGACCUCCCAAAGGAAGUUGGGAUAUGAACUCAUUGAAUGCGAUAAAAUAUUUGUCCCUGUGCAUAAAGAUGUACAUUGGUGUUUAGCAAUUAUAAACGUGAAGGAAAAUUUCUUUCAGUAUCUUGAUUCCCUUGGUGGCAUGGAUCAUAAUGUACCAAAAGUACUGGCUCGAUAUAUUUCAGAGGAAGUGAAGGACAAAAGUAACAGAGUAAUCAACACCAGUUUGUGGCAUGAAGAGCUAGUUGAUAUUCCUUUACAGCGGAAUGGGUGGGACUGCGGUAUGUUUAUGCUCAAGUACAUUGAUUUCCACAGCAGAGGACUGCCCCUGUCUUUUAGUCAGGAACACAUGGAGUAUUUUAGGAAGAGGACAGCGAAGGAGAUCUUAAGACUAAGAGCUGACUGAUGGAUAGACAUUCAUCACUUUUUGGAACAGAGGCUGACUUUUUUUACUGCAUUUUGGGGAUUAUAAUAAAUAAAAGCUGCUAAGUCAAGUCUAUGGCAUUGUUGAGCAUGCUCAGGGUGGGGUCAUCUACCUGAGAUGGUUGGUAAUGUGGCCCUGAUAAUGUAAAUACUAUAGAUAUUCUGUAGAGAAAUUUUGUUUAGGGAUUUAUUUGACUCGGAGAAGCAGUGAGGGGGGAAAUAGAUGUAGCUACGCUGAUAUUCGUUGUUGGUUUAAAGUUGUUUCAGAUUAAUUUGUUCUUGUGGAAUUAUUUUGCAGCCAUGGUUGUCAUACUUAAGUU